AUGGAGGCCACCGUGUUCGUCUGCCUCGUCAUGGGGCUCGCCAGCGCCGCGCUCGCCCUCGACAGCGCAGCAUGCGUCGGCGGAUUCCAAGACGCGUGCGUGAUGCCCGCGCCCGCCAACAUGGUGACGCUCAUCCUGAGCGCAGUGACGCUCGUGCCCGUGGGCGCGUGCCUGGUCACCGCGUGGCUGGACGCCCGCGACGGCGACAACGGAGAGCAGCAGCCUCUGCUAAGCAGCGGCGAUAACGCGGCGACUUCGACGCCAGCGCGACCGAGACGCGUGAUCACGUACCUGUAUGCCAGUCACCUGCUCUCCGCUUGGGGAGACCGCAUGUGGGGCUUCGCUGUGCCCAUCCUGUUCAUGGACAUCUUCGUGGACACUUUGCUGCCGAGUGCGGCCUUCUCGCUGGCCAUGUACGUCGUGUGCAUCUUCAUGAUCCCGACGGUGGGCCACCACCUGGACCGCUGGAGCCGCUGGACGGCCAUGAAGUACGCCAUCCUCCUCGAGAAUCUCAUGAUCGUGCUCAACUCGAUCAUUUUGGGGCUCAUUCUGCUGGUCACCAACGCUGACGGCGAGCACAAGCCCGAGUGGACGUGGCCGCUCGCUCUCAUGUUCGCGGGAACGCUGGUCUGCGGUGGAGUGGGCCAAGUGCUCAACGACGCGCAGACGCUGGGUAUCGAGCGUGACUGGGUCGUGGUCAUUGCUGGCGUCGACAACUCGGCGGAGCUCGCGAAGCUCAACACGACCAUGCGUCGUAUCGACCUCAGCUGCAACAUCCUCGGCCCCAUGGCUUUCGGUUUUAUCGUGGACUUCGCUGGCAACGACGCCACCACUCGCGCCAUGGUCGGCGCUGCCGUUGUCGGGCUCUGGAAUCUGAUCUCCACGCCGCUCGAGUACUACAUGACGCACGAUAUCUACCGACUUGUGCCGGCUCUGGCUGUGCGUACACCUCAUGAAGACGAAACCAAGGGCGAACCUUCCUCAGCUUCCACCGCUGAUCUCGGUGCCAUGGCCCGCUACGCCAAGAUGUGGUCCGACUACGUCAAGCAUCCGGUCUUCCUCGUCAGCUUCUCGUUCUGCGCGCUGUACAUGACGAUUCUGAGUGGCGGAGCAUUGAAUACUGCCUACCUGAAGUGGCGCGGCAUCUCGAACGCGCUUUUGGGUGCUAGCCGUGGCGCUGGAGCCCUGACUGGACUCGUGGGGACGCUUAUCUUCCCCACUUUGAGAAGCAAAAUGAAGCGCGUGGAGCGCAUCGCGGUCUUGAGUGUGUGGCUCUUUUGGCUAUGUCUGGCGCCAGUUCUGCUGGCCUUCCUGUUCACGGGCGAGUCCAUUGUAUCGGACUACGUGAUGCUGACUUGCGUGGUGGUAUCUCGCACUUGGCUCUGGAGCACGGAUCUGGCCGAGACGCAGAUCAUGCAGGAGUGGAUCGCCCCCAACCAGCGCGGAUCCAUCAACUCCAUGCAGACGGCCACCUACCAGUUCUUCUACAUCCUGAUCCUGCUCUCGGGUGUGGUAUUCCACGACCCGCACCAGUUCGAGGCCCUCGUGGUGUUCUCACUCACUGCUGUGCUCGCUUCUGCUGUGGGGUUCACGUACUGGGGAAUCAAGUACGGCCGCCACCGCGAACUUUACGUGUUCACGAAGGACGUCUCGCCGACGAAGGCGUAG